AUGCCCCCGCGCGCAUCAGGCACCGGCUCUGCAUCCCGCGGCCGUGGCCGUGGUGGUGCAGCCAACAAAUCCACAUCCGCCGGCCGAGGCGCCGCAGCAACACGCGGUACUUCCCGAGGCAGGGGAGGAAGCGGGACCCCCCGCGGGAGGAAACGCCCGCAGCAGCAGCAGCAGCAACCAGAAGACGAGGAAGAUGCGGGGGAGCAAUCUGGUGUGGUUGACCUAGCGGACGGCGAUGAUGGUGAUGGCACGAUGGACGGGGGUGGGGCUCGGGAUGGUGGGGAUAUGGAUGAUGUGAGUGAUGGGGAGGGGGACGAGGACGAUGAGGAGGAGGACAGGGAGAAGAUCCCGCCGGAGUUGUUGACGAGGAUUUUGCAUGCCUUCUUUGAGCGGGAGGGGACCAGGGUGACGAGGGAUGCGAAUGCCGCGGUGGCGAGGUAUAUGGAUAUCUUUGUGAGGGAGGCGAUUGCGCGGGCGGCGGUGGAGAGGGCGGGUGGGUUUUUGGAGGUUGAGGAUCUUGAGAAGAUUGCGCCGCAGUUGUUGAUGGACUUGUGA